UAUACGCGACACCACGUGACUGGUUUUGAUAAUUGGAUUGUUUCUUACGUGCCAAUCACAGAAAGAACACCUGCAAGAAAACGAGAAUAUAAACUUUCUCCUCGUUCAUAGUCCAUACAGAGCCUGGUAUCACGCCCUUCAGUUGCAAAAUGGAUCCUCGAUUAGUUACCGUGUUGAUAGUCACGUCUUGUUUUCUCAGUGUUGGGAUGUCGCUGAAGUGCAGAUCCUGCUCUGAAGUAGAUUGCGUGGAUAAAACAGAGGAAGAUUGUCCUGGAGUUGGAGUUACCAAGUAUGGUUGUGCAUGCUGUAAUAUAUGCGCAAAGAAAAUCGGGGAUGUCUGCGGUGGCCCGUUUGAUAUUUUUGGUAUAUGUGGAAGAAACUUGGAAUGCUUAAAAGACUCUUCUCCUGAAGGAACUAAUAGUGAUAUAGAUAGAGCCAAUUCAAAAGGAAUCUGUCAGAAAAUUGGAGCUUAAAAUCAGUGCAAUCUUAAAAGUAAUAUUUGCCAGUAAAGUUUAUGUAAAUUUAAUUGAAUUACAUUAAUGUUUUAUUGGAUAAAUAAAAUUUUUAUCGCAUUUCAA